AUGGCUUCCUGGCUGACGGGGCGUGUCGCUUCAUUGGUGAAGGAACCCCGGCAGGCUUUGCCAGCUGCCGAUGAAGCGCAGCAGACGCUGGAGCAGAGAGCGCGCGCUCUCACAUCACCUCACAGCGCUGCCUGGCUGCUGUCACACUGGCUGGAGCAAUGCAACAGCUCGGAGGUUUACGUGCAGUGCCAGGGCUCUAGCGGCUCCCAAGGAGGCGCUCGAACCUGGCAGCUCUCCUUCCAGCAGGUCCUGCUGAGAAGCUCCGCCUUUGAACUGGUGCUGGAGGUUUGCGCCAAAGUUCCAUCGGUCCGUGAGGCCCUCACGCCAGGCCCUGCCGCCGCCUCGGCAUUGCUCGAGCAAAGCAAGUCUUUACGGCAGGCGCUGCACGGCAUGGCGGAGCGCUUGCUGCUCCCUGGUGCUCUUGAGGUGUGGCCAUCGCUGUUUGACGCCUUGCUCUCGCGAGAUGCAGCGGGUGCCUUGCCCUGGGAUUCCUGGGCCCGGCGCCUCGUCGCGGCCCUGAAGAAGCCUUGGCGACUGGAGUCACUUUGGCCGCAGCUUCGCCGCUGGGACACUGCGGCUGCCGAGGAGCUCGGAGGUUCAGACACUGCCAGCUCCACGACGCUGAAGGCAACAGCCGCAGGUGCGCAGGGACUCUCCAAGCAGGGCAUCCGAGCAGAGCUGAUCCGAAGGCGCUUCCCGCAGCUUGCUUUGGAAGCCGGUCGCUUGCGGUCCCGCAGCGAGGCUUUGUGCGACGGCUUGGAAGCGCUGAGGACCGUUGAUGGCAUGGGUGGUGUGAGCUGCAAGGAGAUCGAGCAGCUGAUCCAAGAUGCGAGCCUGGCAUUGGACUCCCUUGACUGUGGAGUUCAGGGCUCCCGUGACGAAGCACGUCAGCUGGGCCAGGCUUUGUCUGAUGCUGGCAGUGCUGUCCAGCGUCAGAUGGCAACCGUCAUGCUGACACAGGAGACCUUUGUCGCUCGUCGUGGCCAGCUGCAGAACGAGAAAGAGCAGCUUGCAAAGCGGCUGCAGGAGCUGGACGCCGAGGUCACGCAGCUUGAUCAAGAGGCGAGUCGUUGCAAUCAACAGAUUCGGCAGCUUCAAGCUCAGUUCAGCCACAACACCAGUCACUACGAUGGACUCCUCGGGGGCAGCGCGGCCUUUUCGGAGGAGCUUGGCGACCGCAAAGCCAAGGCCAUGGCGUUUCGCGACUGCGCUGCUGCAGCUUUGAAUGUGGCGAAAGCAGCCGAGGCCAAGCAGCGCGCGGAGCUCGAAACCCAGCGCAGGCGCCGGGCCUCCGACCUGCGCCGGCAAGUCGCGGCUUACGUACGCAAGGAGCGGACUCGAUUGCAAGCAGCUGCGGAAUUCGCCGAGCUGGUGGCAGGUGCCCAGCCAGGCCGUGGGACCGGGACGAACCCGGUGCCGCGGGAGCCGAGGGAUGCAGCGGAGGAGCUGAUGGAGGCGACCGUGCUCGCUCAGGAGGUCUGGCGGUCCGUGCAGGUGUUGUUGCAGCGCGUGGAUGCCUUGGGCGAGAACAGAGCAGAUUCAGAGGUGAUUGCUUCAUCAUCAGAGAUGCUGGCAAGCAGCGCUGAAUCACAGGCCUUCUUCCUCAAAGCAGCCGAGGAGGACCUCUGCGUGUGCGCCGAUUGCUCCGCUUUGGGGUCUGAGUGGGCUUCCGUGUCCUACGGCAUCUACCUCUGCGUAGACUGUGCCGGGCAGCACCGUGGCCUGGGCGUCCACCUCAGCUUCGUGCGAAGUUUGGCCAUGGAUCGCUGGACGCCAUCCCAGCUCCGACGCAUGGAGCUUGGAGGAUCGCUCCGCUUUCGGGACUUCUUGGCACCUUUCGGCCUUUGCGACUCCUCGGACUCCUCGCUCCAUGCACGCUAUUCGUCCCGGGCCGCUUCCUUCUACAGGCGCCGUUUGGACGCGGAAUGCCGUGGCCAAGCUUUCGGCGACGUUCCGCCAUCGCGUGAAGAGGGGCGUCAGAUCGCCGACCCAGCGACGUUCACGGCAGAAGAGAUUGAAACCGCUACAGACGGUGAAGGUGAGUCUUUGGCUGCUGAGCGCCAGCAACUCGAGGAGUUCGACUCGAGCAUUCAUCUGGUGGAGGAGGCAGUGCACCAGCUGCUGAAGGAGAGGGGAGUGGACAGGCCUUUUGGGAAGUUGCGUUUUCGCCACGUGCCCCGCGCUCUUGCGGCGAGGUCGCUGUGGUCUCUGAAGGAGAUCCGAUACUCCUUAGUUGGAAAGUUCAUUACAGCCUCUGGCUUGGUUGCGAGGAUAGGGGUCGUCAAGGCCGUGGCCGCAACUCGGUCGUUUCAGUGCGCUGCUUGUCGGCGCAGUUUCUCGGUGGCCUCGUUGGGGACGCUUGGACACGAGGCUCCACACUGCCCAGGAGGCGAUGGGCUUUUCUGUGGCUCUACGGAUUUGCAGGAGCUUGGAGGUACGAUGAUCGACUAUCAGGAGAUUCGGCUUCAAGACGUGGUGCCAGGGAGCGUUGGCACAACGUUGAAGGUCAUUCUGGUGGCUGAUCUUGCGGGCAGUGCAGUGCCUGGUGACAUUGUGGUCGUAGGCGGCAUCCUGCGGGCCAUUUGGCCUCGUUCCAGGGGGGCGGCUGAGCUUGUCCUGGAUGCCUCAGACGUCCGCCAUUCGAAGGAGGUGCCCUCACGGUCGCGUUCACUUUUCCUGGGAGCGCCCAGCGAUGCGAUGGCCCAGCGCGCGGAGCUCCUGCGCAGCGUGGCGCCAAGCCUCCAGGGCCUCGAGGUGCCGAAGCUGGCCCUGCUGCUGGCGUUGGUGGGAGCUGGUCCCUACAAUCCACCUGUGGCCGGGGAGGUGGAGAGGUGGUCCCGCUUCAUGCCGGAGGAUGAGAACGAUGCGACUUCACCCAUGGGGAAGAACGGCAUCCAAGAAGCCAAGAUGCGGCUUUCAACCCACCUCCUUUUCGUCGGAGAUGCGGCAACUGGAAAGACCAAGCUUAUCGAAGCGGCUGCGGAUCUUUCCGCACAUGGAGUUUGCUGCAGUGCCAUCGGAGCCACACGUUCUGGGCUUACUGUCGCAUGCGUCCGAGACGGUGCAGGGUGGAGCCUUGAGGCGGGAGCUUUGUCGCUGGCUGAUGGUGGAAUUUGCUGCAUAGAUGAGUUCCGGCAUCUUGCUGCAGAAGAAAAGGCAGCCCUCUACGAGGCCAUGGAGCAGCAGACCAUUUCGGUGGCGAAGCCUGGGCUCACCUGUCGUUUGAGGGCCCGUUGCAGCGUCGUUGCGGCACAGAGCUGGGCGGAUCCUGACGGAGCUUCUUUGAUUCAGGUCACCGGGCUCCCGGCUCCGCUGCUCAGCCGCUUCGACCUGAUCCUCGGGCUCCGAGGAGCCAGGACGAGAGAUGAGGAGCUUGCGGAGGCCAUCCUGGGAGCAGGUGACCCUACGGCCGUUGGCCAGGCCUUGCGUUUCCAGACCUUGAAGGACUUCGUUGCCGCCGCUCAAGAAUGCGUGCUUCGGGAUUCGCCGGAUGACAGUGCUCGCAAAGUCUUGGAGACUUACUACCAGAAGCUUCGAGGACCCGGCCUCGGGCGCUCGUCGGGGGAGGUCAGCGUGACUGCUCGAAGCCUCGAAAGCUUGAUCCGCCUGUCCCGCGCACAUGCGCGCUUGAUGCGGCGACACGGUUCCGUGCAGCUGCAGGAUGCUGUCGCUGUGGUCUUCUUGCAUCAGGUGUGUUGGAGGAGCCACUCUCCAGAUUCCAGCCAGGUUCUUCUUUCGGAGAACAGCUUUGGUGGACCGCUCUGCCCGGCACACAUCCGGCGCUUAGAUAUGGGCAGUGACAUCACCUCUGGCACCGAUUAUGAGGUGGUCGAAGGUGCUGUCUUGUGGAGUCUUGGCCUCGAGAAGGAUCCGAAGACUCGUGAGCUGCGCGAAGCGCGAGGCCGGGCAGGCCGGGCUGUGCUUCGAGACCCCGAGGCGAUGCUUGGGGCUUCAAAUUGUGGCGAGUCGACCCGGAUGCCCCAUGCGGUGAUGGCAAUUCCUGCUGUGCCGAGCAGUUGGACAGGGCAUUUUGCACAGCUCCAAGAAGAGGCGGAGGAGGAGGAGGAGGACUUGCCCUGGUUCCACAGCCCCAGGCACCCUGGAAGCAAGCGGAGCCUGAGCCACGAGGAUGUCUUCAGAGAAGUGUUUCCAGACACCUGGUUUGCGCCUGCAUGGAAUUAA